AUGGUCAAUGCCCUGCUGGUGGCCAACUCAGGCUCCGUGGCGGGCGUGCCGGUGCAGUUCGACGAGCACCACCUGAGCGAGGUGCAGAACCUGGCCUCGGAGGAGAUCCUGGACCAGGUGCUGGAGUCCAUGCAGAAGAGCAAGGUGGCCCUGAUCGGGAAGAUCCACACCCCCAUGGAGUUCAAAGGGGAGCUGGCCUCCUACGACAUGAGGCUGAGGCGAAAGCUUGACCUCUUUGCCAACGUGGUCCACGUGAGCAGCCUGCCCGGCUAUAAGACCCGGCACAACAACCUGGACCUGGUGAUCAUCCGGGAGCAGACGGAGGGCGAGUACAGCUCUCUGGAGCACGAGAGUGCCAAGGGGGUCAUUGAAUGCAUGAAGAUCAUCACGCGGGCCAAAUCUCAGCGCAUUGCCAAAUUCGCCUUUGAUUUUGCCACCAAGAAGGGGAGGAACAAGGUCACCGCGGUGCACAAGGCCAACAUCAUGAAGCUGGGGGAUGGGCUCUUCCUUCGCUGCUGUGAGGAGGUGGCUGAGCUGUACCCCAAGAUCACCUUCGACACCAUGAUCAUAGACAACUGCUGCAUGCAGCUGGUGCAGAACCCUUACCAGUUUGACGUCUUGGUCAUGCCCAACUUGUACGGCAACAUCAUUGACAACCUGGCAGCCGGCCUGGUGGGAGGGGCCGGAGUGGUGCCGGGGGAGAGCUACAGCGCCGACUUUGCCGUGUUUGAGAUGGGGGCCCGUCACCCCUUUGCCCAGGCGGUCGGGAGGAACAUCGCCAACCCCACGGCCAUGCUGCUCUCCUCGGCCAACAUGCUGCGCCAUCUCAACCUGGAGCACCACUCGGCCAUGAUUUCAGACGCGGUGAGGAAGGUGAUCAAAGUGGGCAAGGUGCGGACUGCAGACAUGGGGGGCUACGCCACCUCCGACGACUUCACCCAGGCCGUGAUUGCAGCUCUGGUGGACUGAAAGGGAACUCGGCUGGCCCAGCAGUUUCUCUUCACCUAUUUAUUCCUAAUUUAUUGUAACUGUUGAUGGCCGCACAGGCAAUAAAAAGCACAGAAACAA